CGACCCCCUCUUCUCAGCGCAGCGUCUCCCCCCCCAUGGCUACCUGGAGCAUCCCUUUAAUAAAGACGGGUACCGGUACAUCCUGGCAGAACCGGAUCCUCACGCUCCGGACCCGGAGAAACUGGAGCUGGACUGCUGGGCGGGGAAACCCAUCCCUGGAGAUCUGUACCGGGCCUGUCUGUACGAGAGGGUUCUGCUCGCCUUACACGACAGAGCGCCUCAGCUGAAGAUCUCUGACGACCGCCUGACGGUCACGGGGGAGAAAGGCUACUCGAUGGUGCGAGCGUCUCACGGGGUCCGGAGAGGGUCCUGGUUCUUCGAGGUGACGGUGGAUGAAAUGCCUUCAGAGACGGCCGCGAGGCUCGGGUGGUCCCAACCCCUCGGUAACCUGCAGGCGCCUCUGGGCUACGAUAAGUUCAGCUACUCGUGGCGCAGUAAGAAGGGAACUCGCUUCCACCAGUCCAUCGGAAAGAGUUUUUCCUCUGGCUUCGGUCAGGGAGACACGCUGGGAUUCUUCAUCGAGUUACCGGACGGCACGGAGACCGCCAAGGCUCUGCCCGACACCUACAAGGACAAGGCUCUUAUCAAGUUCAAGAGCUACCUGUACUUUGAGGAGAAGGACUAUGUUGACAAAGCAGAGAAAAGCCUGAAGUCAAUGAGCCCCAGCAAGAUGGUGUUCUUUAAAAACGGAGUGAGUCAAGGUGUUGCCUUUGAGAACCUGUUUGAAGGCAUGUACUUUCCGGCCAUCUCACUCUACAAGAGCUGCACGGUGUCCGUUAACUUCGGGCCGAAUUUCAAACACCCUCCGAAGGACCUCAAGUACCAGCCGAUGAGUGAUAUGGGCUGGGGCGCGGUGACGGAGCACACGCUGGCGGACAUGUUGUAUCACGUGGAGACGGAUGUGGACGGACGGCGUUCCCCCCCGUGGGAGGGAUGAAAGAAAUCAACACACACACACACACCUUGCCCCCCCUCCCCCCAUGGUCCCCCCCCAUGGUCCACCUUCAGACGGUAAAAUAAAAAGCACCAGGGAACUGUCGCUCCUCAAAGAAGCUGACUUCCACUCCAAGACAGAAAGUGGAUAAAUAUGCUGUGAUGUCACCAAGCUCAUUUCUUAUUGGCUGCAUAUGAUCAGCUGACAUUCCUUUACGAACAUCUGACACAUUAUUUCUGGUGCUUUCCUUUCAAAUCUGUAUUUUUUGAAGUUAUAAUGUCAUGUUUCUCUGCAGCCUAACUCCAUCUGCAGAAACAUUGUUUGUGUAUUGAGUCUGAUUUUAUUUGUUUUACAAUGUGUGUCAAUUAUUCUCUGUUUUAUACUCUGGGUUGAAUAAAUAAAAAAUAAAUGCUACAUGAACAAAGUUGAACUCCUG